UGUAACUUAAAAAGAGUUUCCCCUCAAGGUAUGUCGUGUCCCUACCAAUGGAACACUCUAGAAGACUCCGCAAAACCCCGAGCUAAAUGCUUCUUUUGUUGCCAGACCUUUUUCUCCGUCUUCUCCAUCUUCAUGAUUGUCUUCACUGUUGUCCUCUUCCCCAUCAUCUUCCAAGACCUGGUAAACAGCCAAGUUGUCCUGACAAACGGGACCUUGAGUUUUGACCAGUGGCUGGCUCCCACUCCGGCAAUCUUCAAGAUAGUGACAGUCUACAACGUGACAAACCAAGCCAACGUGACAGCAGGUGGACAGCCCAUAUUGGAACCUAUAGGACCGUACUACUUCCGGGAGUACCGAGAAAGAGUUAACGUAGAGGAGGUGUACGAUCAGGAGCUGUGGUUCGGAGAGAAGAAAUGGUACGAGUUCGACUACAAUACUACUAACAACAACAGAACUAACGGCAGUGCUCCUCUGGAUCCCGUUAAAGAUUUGUUUACUACCUUUAACCUGGCCUACGUGGGAGUUGCUUAUAAUUUGACUAUCAGUGGGACUAAAGCUCAGAUUGCGGGAGCUGUUGCUAUGGCCAAGCUGGAGCACGAACAAACACUAUUCAUGACCAGGUCGGUGAAUGAUGUUGUAUUUGGCUACACUGACAAGUUCCUGACUAUUCUUAAAGUAGCAAUGCCGGACCUCAACGACAGAGUCCAGCUCUGUGCCAACAUGAGCGAACGAGACAUCAACUCCAUCAGCAAGAUCCGGACCGGACGAAAGAACAUCUCCCAGCUGGGUGAGUACACAGCGUGGCAGGGUUACAAAAAAUUACCUUACUGGAAGACAGAUGAAGCAGCCACGAUAAACGGCACAGAAGGGCUGUUCUUUGCACCAAACCUGGACAAGACUAAGUCCAUCACCACCUUCGUGGAUGAUCUCUUCAGAGCUAACCCUCUGGAGUUCGUUAAAGAGGAUGUUACCCUGACCCUGCCUACGUACAAGUACAAGAUACCCAAGUACGUAAUGAUGAACGCUACUAACAAUCCUCUGAACGAUGGGUUCUACGCGUACGGACCUGAUGGGUUGAUGAACCUAACAGCUGCGGUGAUGGCUCCUGUAUUUGCUUCUAAACCCUCCUUCCUGGACGCGGAACCCUGGCUACAGGACGAGAUAACAGGACUAGCACCAGCUGACGAGACCAUGGACACUAAUCUGUGGGUGGAACCGGUUACGGGUGCUCUGGUUAAAGCUAAGAAACAACUCCAAGCAAACAUGAUGAUAAUGAAACUACCUAUGUUCCCUCAUCUUGGUGACCUGAGGGAGAGUCCCAGGUUUGUUCCUAUCUCUAACAUCGUGGAGACGGGAGGCAUGGAUGAGGAUCUGGUCAACACAUUCAAAGCCAAAGUGUUCAAACCCAAGCAACAAUUCAUUAUUGUACUGUGGGUGUUGUUUGGGUUGUGUUGUUUGAUAGCCGGUGUGUUUGGCUACCUGAACUGUAGACACAUCAGGAAGAAUCAGAAGGGUUCCACCCUUCUGAUCCCUAAUGAGGGUAGUAAGCUUGGACCUGGAGGGAAGAGAGAUAGUUAUAAGGGCGUUUGAGGGGAGGCUGUGUUGACAAAUCUUGAAUGGUUUAUUAUUAUUGAUUUUUGUGUUCUGGCAUAUUCAGAAAUAAAGAGUGCAAGUAAAGACACAUGAUGAUUAUUUUUUUCCUACAUGUUGAUUUUCAGAGAUUUUUUUAUAAUAUUUGUUGAGUGUUGAUUAAUUUUUUACUUUGUUUGUUUGUUUGUAGCUCCGCACAUAUUUCGCAAUCAAGCUUAGUAUAACUGAUAGUUACACUCUUACUAUGUUCGUUGUUUGAAGUUGUGGAUUUCGCAAUCAA